AUGGAUAGUUGCAAGGCAAUGUCUACUCCGAUGGGAUCCGGAACUUAUAUUGAUCAAGAUGAAUCAGGUGUUUCGGUUGAUAUAACAAAGUAUCGAGGUAUGAUUGAUUCCUUACUUUAUUUGACGGCAAGCCGUCCUGAUAUUAUGUUUAGUGUAUGUCUUUGUGCUCGUUUUCAAGCCAGUCCAAAAGAAUCAUAUCUCACCGCUAUUAAGAGAAUCAUGAAAUAUCUAAAGGGAACAACAAAUGUCGGCCUAUGGUAUCCUAAAGGUAGUAUUUGCAAAUUGGUUGGUUAUUCUGACGCUGACUAUGCAGGAUGUAAAACUGAUCGAAAAAGUACUAGUGGUACAUGUCACAUCCUUGGAAAUGCAUUAGUUUCAUGGGCUUGCAAGAAACAAGCAUGUGUUGCUCUAAGCACUGCCAAAGCAGAAUACAUAGCUGCAGGUAGCUGUUGCGCUCAAAUACUUUGGCUUAAGCAACAACUCCGUGACUACGGACUCAAUCUUGGAUGCAUUCCUCUUCUUUGUGACAACACUGGUGCGAUAAACAUUACAAAGAAUCCGCAUGCGCGUGAUUCUCUUCCAAAUGUACUUAUGGCCAUGUGA